CGCCGGUGCCGAGGGGAGCGAGGGCUAUAUUUCCCACCCAGGCCGGUCGGCUAGCUCUCGAGCUAGCUGCAGUGGAUCCCAGAAGCCACGGCGCUGGCAAUUCCCACGAGUGUCCGGGCCGGGAGCCUGAAGGACCCGGAGGUGGCGGAGCUGUUCUUCAGGGAGGACCCCGAGAAGCUCUUCACGGACCUGAGGGAGAUCGGCCACGGCAGCUUCGGAGCGGUCUACUUCGCCCAUGACAUCCGCACCAAUGAAGUGGUGGCCAUCAAGAAGAUGUCCUAUAGUGGCAAACAAUCCAAUGAGAAAUGGCAGGACAUCAUCAAGGAAGUGAAGUUCCUCCAGAAACUGCGCCACCCCAACACUGUGGAGUACCAUGGCUGCUACCUGAGAGAGCACACAGCAUGGCUGGUGAUGGAGUACUGCUUGGGCUCAGCUUCCGACCUCUUGGAAGUCCACAAGAAGCCCCUCCAGGAAGUGGAAAUCGCCGCCAUCACCCAUGGUGCAUUGCAGGGAUUGGUGUAUCUUCACUCUCACAACAUGAUUCACAGGGAUGUGAAGGCAGGAAACAUCUUGCUCACGGAGCCAGGUCAGGUCAAACUGGGAGACUUUGGCUCCGCCUCCAUCAGCGCUCCAGCCAACUCCUUCGUAGGAACACCUUACUGGAUGGCCCCCGAGGUGAUCCUGGCCAUGGAUGAGGGUCAGUACGACGGGAAGGUGGAUGUGUGGUCGCUUGGCAUCACCUGUAUAGAGCUGGCGGAGCGGAAGCCUCCUCUGUUCAACAUGAACGCGAUGAGCGCCUUGUACCACAUCGCCCAGAACGAGAGCCCCGUGCUGCAGUCCAACCACUGGUCGGAUUAUUUUCGGAAUUUUGUGGACUCCUGUUUGCAGAAGAUCGCCCAGGACAGACCGACCUCUGACGUGCUGCUCAAGCACCAUUUCCUAUGCAGAGAGCGUCCCGUCACAGCCGUGAUGGACCUGAUCGCCCGCACCAAGGAUGCUGUCCGCGAGCUGGACAACCUUCAGUACCGGAAGAUGAAGAAAAUCCUCUUCCACGAGUCCCUGAACGGCCCCGUGCCCGAAGGAGGCGAAGAGGAAGAGGACGGGGAGCAGUAUAUGCUGCGCACCGGCACAGUCAACAGCAUGGAGAGCUCCCACUCGCUGCCGUCCAUGUCCAUCAGCGCCAGCUCCCAGAGCAGCUCGGUCAACAGCCUGGCAGACGGCUCUGACGACAGCGGGGAGAUGGCCAUGAUGCAGGAGGGAGAGCACACCGUCACCUCCAACUGCUCCGUCCUGCACAAGCCCCUGAGCCACGACAACAUCUACGAUGACCCAUAUCAGCCAGAGGUUGACCCGCUACGAGAAGCUUCAUCUGCUGUUGCGGCUGCUGGUGGAGGAGGAGGAGGAGGAGGGGGGAGGCGGCGUCGAGGCAGAGACCAUUUUGCCACCAUCAGAACCGCCUCGCUCGUCACCCGUCAGAUCCAGGAACACGAGCAAGGCUCCGCCCUCAGAGAGCAGAUGUCAGGGUACAAGCGAAUGCGGCGGCAGCACCAGAAGCAGCUGAUGGGCCUGGAGAACAAGCUGAAGGCCGAGAUGGACGAGCACCAGCUCCGGCUGGACAAAGAGCUGGAGAACCAGAGGAACAGCUUCUCAAUGGAGGGAGAGAAGCUCUCCAAGAAGCACCAGGCGAUCUUGGAGAAGGAGGUGAGCUGGUGGAGGACAAAGGCGGUUCUGACUGAGGAGAAGAAGUUCCAGCAGCACAUACUGGGCCAGCAGAAGAAGGAGCUGACGGGUCUGCUGGAGUCCCAGAAACGGCAGUAUCGACAACGCAAAGAGCAGCUCAAAGAGGAACUCAAUGAGAACCAGUCGACACCGAAGCGGGAGAAGCAGGAGUGGUUGGUGCAUCAGAAGGAGUGUCUGCAGCAGCUGCAGGCGGAGGAGGAGGCGGGGCUUCUGCGGCGGCAGCGUCAGUACUACGAGCUGCAGUGUCGCCAGUACAAGAGGAAGAUGCUGCUGGCACGCCACGACCUGGAGCAGGACCUGCUCCGAGAGGAGCUGAACAAGAAGCAGACCCUGAAGGACUUGGAGUGUGCGAUGCUCCUCCGGCACCACGAGUCCACCCAGGAGCUGGAGUUCCGCCAGCUGGGUUUGGUGCAGCGGACGCGGGCCGACCUGAUCCGGACCCAGCACCAGACGGAGCUCACCAACCAGAUGGAGUACAACAAGAGGCGCGAGCAAGAGCUGCGUCAGAAACACGCCGUGGAGGUCCGCCAGCAGCCCAAGAGCCUCAAAGUGAGUGAGGAGGGAGAGGGCCCCACCACGGAGGGGCCGGGCGGCAGCUGGGACGGCGAGGCGGGGGCGGCGGGAGGAGAGGGGGGGGGCGAGUUAGACGAGGAGAGGGAUGAUGAGGAUGAGCUGGAGGGGGAUGAGGAGGCGGGUGUCCCUGUGGUUGAAGGGACAGAAGAGCUUGGUGACACGCGUGUCACAAAUGAUGAUGAUGAGGAGGAGGAGUGGAAAGUCAGUGAAGAGGGUGCAGAGCUGAGGGAAGCAGGAGUGCAGUGGGAGUACGAGGAAGAUAAAACUUCUCAGGGAGACACCGACGAGGAGGAAGAGGAGGGCCGCGGCGUGGCCGACGGCUGCCCGUCCGAGUUCCCCUCGUCCCCCGAGAAGAGGCGCCUGCGCUCGCGAGCGACCGACGAGCUGUCCGAGUUCUACUUCCCCGACGCCGCGGAGGAGCUGGAGUCCCAACCCCUCCCCCGCCACCCCUCCCCCACCCACACUUCCUUUCCUUCCCUCCUCUCUCACGCCAUCUGCCUCCUCCUCUCCCUCUCCGCGGCCGCCCAGCCCUCCAACCUCACGCUGCUGCUGCUCUCCGUCUUCCUGCUGUCGCUGCGCCGCUCGCCUCCUCUGCCCUCGGUGGCCUCCGUCCUGCUCUCCGCCGAGCUGGCCUGCCUGGCGCUCUUCUUCUCGUACCUCUUCCUCCGCUCCUGCUGCUCCCUGUCGCUCUCCACCUACCUGUCGCUCAGCCUCUGGGCCAGCGGCCUCUUCAGCUUAGGACUCUCCCUCAGUUUGGGGAUUUAUUACAUCCCCGUGAUUUUAGUUUCGGCCUCCUUCCUCAGCUCCCCCUCGCUCUUCCUCUCUCUGUACUUGGUGGUGGUGCUGAUCGUCAGGCCGGCCCGCGACUUCUUCCAGCACGCGCCCCGCAAAGUCAACCGCCUCUGCAUGCGCGUCCUCUUCCGGCUGCCUCGGCCCCUGUUCGCCAUGUGCCAGUCGGUCCUGGGCGGCAUGGCGGAGCGUAACCUCUACGAGAUGUUUCCCAAAGCGGGGCGCAACUGGGGUGGGCGCCAGUCCAAAAUCCCAGUCUCCCUCCAGAGCUUACCUGCUGAGUAUCAGACCCGCUGCAGUCGCGCCGCUCCCCUGGCCAAGGGCCUCCUCUGGGUGAAGCGGUUCGGCCGCCGCCCCCUCGGGGGCCUGGCCGACCUGGCUAACUCCGUGGCGUUGAAACUUGCCGGACGGCUCCUCAAAAAGCUCCCGCUCAACGUCAGGAUCAAACUCCAAGCUCUGGGCCUCCUGAGGAAGGAGAGGCCGAGCAGGCUGCCUGUGCUGCUUCCCAGGGAGGUCAGAGAGAGGAGGCAGAGGGAGAGGAGGGAGCGAGAGAGGGAGCGGGAGAGGGAGAGGGAGCGACAGAGGAGCGAGGAGAGGUUGUUCCACGAGGAGGCGAGGUGGGUGUGCGCGCUGAGGCGAACUUCAUCCGACAGGUUCGUCAGGGGGAAAGCUCGGCCGUGGAGGUAGAGACCGCGUGUGUGUGUGUGUGUGAGAUCACGCUCUUUAGUUCAACCGUCCUUUUCGUGCGUCUUGUUAAGUUGGGCCCACGUGUCUCUUGUUGCAUAACUCCCAAACUGGUUGUUGGUCAUAUUUGGCGCCGCGUGACGUUCUGCAGACGUUCUGCAGACGUUCUGCCCGCGCGGUUCUGGCCGCCGCCGCCGAGUCCAAACACAGCGUUCUGUCGCCUCGCCGGGCCCCGCAGGCGCAGAACACGCGGCUGAACCAAACCCAGUGAAGAUUUCAUUAUUGUGCUUUUUGUAAAAGUUUUUAUUUCAUUUGAUUAUUUUUUUUGCUCUUCAUUUGUAAGACACUUUUCUUUUUUUUAAUGGUUAUUUUUAAGACCAGUUUUGUGCAAUCUUUGUGUUUCUCUUUAUUGUGGUCUCAUUCCAAAGGUUGCAAUUUGUUAUGUCAGCGCUCAGAACAAAUAUUAGUGAGGCUCUCAUUUCACUCUCCAAAUACUGUGAAAAAACCCCAAAGAACCAACCUGAUGACAUCACUAACAUCCCCCGAACACUAGCCUCAGUCGGUGUAACGCCUGGACAGACGCACCCGACUCCGUUUGGAUGUGAAGUUCUUCUGUUUUGAAGUCCAAGCUGAACAAAAUAAGCAGAAAGUCUGAAUUUAUAGGACUUUAAUAAAGUUUAUGGCCAUUUAACCGAAACGAUGAGCCCAUCCAGCUCCUUGUUCACACGUCAUUAAACACAUUAUCCAUCAGAUUCUAGUUGGAUUUACUGCAGUUGUUGCACUUCAUGCAAUAAUCUUAGUUAUGAUUUACCAUGUAAACAUUGAGGUAUUGUUCCCUUUUAUUAAACCUAUACUCGGACAGCAGUUGAGUGCCUAGUUACAACUGUUUGCACAAAUGUUUCUUCUAUAUGAUCUUUCCAACAUUUAGAGUAAGAAAGCAGGAUAUACUUUUGAGUCGUAAAAGUAUAACAUGAUAAUACAACUAUUUAAUAUUUCAGCUUAAUUUAUAUGAAGCCAUAUAGACAAUCUUUUGAGACAUGCAAUCAUUUCAUAAGUCCAAAGAUAAAUGCAACUACUGAAUGUGAAGGUCCGCCUGGUUGUCGGAUACAGAGAGAUCCAGUAAGAGCAGACAUCGGUUUAACUUUGCACUGCUCCAAAGACCAGUAAAGAAAUCUAUAUAUAUAUAGAUAAAUUAAAGGAAAUGUGGCAAAACAGAUACUUUCAGUUGAGGGUGAUUAUUUUCAUGAGUGAUGACUUUAUUUUCCUUUUGAAACGAAAAAAUGCUCAUCGCAAGUUUCCAGAGCUGAAGACGAUGUCCUCAAAUGUCUUUUAUGUUUGACCGAAACCAAAGAUAUCCAGCUCGCAUUGGACGUCUGACACAUCCUCUUGAUAAAGAAGCUGAGAGCAGGGAAUACUUCUAUAAUAAUAUGAAUCUGGCAAUCGAUUAAUUGUUUCCACUUUACUUCAGUCGGACCAACUGGAAACUCGACAGUGUUGUUGUUGUUUUUUAAUCUCGUGCUCUUGGAAAUUAGUCGACUCAAACGCCAAAAAGCUCUGAUUUGCACAUUUUAAUUGAGUGAAGAAGAACAUGUUCUAUCCAUACAUCCAGAUCUGAGUGUUAUAAUUCAUAAACAUUCAUAAGUGAAAGGGAAAUCUGGUUAACAUGAGAGAAAAGCAUUAGUGUCUAUACAUGCUUAUUAUGUAGCACAAAACUCAAUCCUAACGGUAUUCGACCCAGAGGGGAGACAAAAGUUCGGUGACCUGGAAGCUUUGAGACGGUUUUGAGACGUUUCCCAACAAACAUUGUUUUAUUUGAAUGUAACUUAUUUGCCAUGGAUUUAAUUUUGUGUUCCAGUUAUUUCCUGUUCCUCUGUGUAUGUUUACAUGUUUGUAUUCUUGUUUUGUUGUGACACCAUUUCCACAGAGUUAAAUCACUUUAAGUUUUUUAUAUAUAUAAAUAAAAAAAUACAUAUUUUAUUUAUUUAUGUAUAUAUAUAAAAUACAUAUUUUAUUUAUAUAUAUAUAUAUAUAAAUAAAAAAUACAUUUAUUUAUUGAUAUAUUUAUUUAUAUAUAUAAUAAAAAAUACAUAUUAUAUUUAUUUAUUGAUAUAUAAAUAAAUUAAAAUAAGUAUUUUUUCUUUUAUUUAUAUUUUGUAUUUUUUUUCUUUUAUUUAUGCAGUAUUUGUAAGACUAGUUCUGCAUUCUGUUCGGCGGCCAUUUUGUUGUCCUUUUGCAUGAGUGUUGGCGUUCUGUGUGCUCGCACACAUACAACAUUUUUUUGUUAUCCUUCCAGAUUUAUUUCUUUUUCUUUACGCAAAAAAAUAAAUUGUUUUGUGUGAAAAUCA